AUGUACGAUGCCUCUACAGACCCGGAGGACCACCUCUCGGUCUUCUUGACGCACAUGCGCCUGCAAACCGCUGCGGAUGAGGUCCGCUGCAAGACCUUCCCCAUGUUCCUAAAGGGGAAGGCACGGCUCUGGUUCCAGGGGUUGAAACCGGGGUCUAUACGGAGCUUUCCCGAGCUGGCCCGACAGUUUGCCGCCCAGUUCGCCUCCUCGAAGGUCUACGCGAGGAACGCAACCCACCUGAUGUCCAUCAGGCAAAGGCCCGAUGAGUCACUGAAGAAUUUCAUGACCCGCUUAAAUGCGGAGAGCUUGCAGGUCAGGGACAGGGACGAAAAAGUGGUGAUAGCCGCCUUCACGAACGGGCUCAGGGUGGAGGAGUUUUUCUACGACCUGGCCAAGAAGCCCCCCGUAGACCUGGAGGAGCUCCUUCGCAGGGCGCACGAGGCUGCUAAUGCGGAGGAGGCAGGUCGCCUAAAGAAAGAAUCCGAUCGGGAGCUCGGGGAUCGGAAAGAUCGGACUAACCCCUCAGAGGGCAAGGACGUCCCAUCCAAGAAAAACGUCUUCGACCGGCUCUCGAAGGAGAAGGCCCCUGCUCCGCCGCCACUCCCAGAGAAGACCUACACCCCCCUAAUACGGCCGAGGGCUCAGAUCUUGGCUGUGAUGGAGGCGGAAGGGCUGGGAGAUCGGCCUCCCAAGAUGGGGACGCCCCGGAAUAAAAGGAACCAGGAUCGGUACUGCGCCUUCCACCGCGACGUCGGACACGACACGGAGGGAUGCUGGGCCCUGCGUAACGAGAUAGAAGACCUGAUCCAGCGCGGCUUUUUAGGGCGGUUCGUACGCCGACCAGGUCAGGAGUUGGGGCGCAACCACUACGGGGAUAGGCACGAGGGACGGCGACGCGACCGCCCUGAGCGGCGCGACGCUCCUCGGGGCCACUCUCCCGACCAGGACACCCAGAACCUGACGUGGGUAAUAAACACCAUCGCCGGAGGCCUCACGGGGGGGGACAGUCAUGCGGCUCGGAAGAACAAGCGACCACCCCCCGAAGGGGACGACUCCUUGAAGCGCUUGCGCAUGGACGAGGAGAUUACCUUCGGACCAAGGGAUGCGGUCCCCCUGGCCUCCGGGAACCACGAAGCCAUCGUGAUAGACAUUGUCACCAACAACUACCGGGUAAAGAAGGUGUAUGUCGACCAGGGUAGCGCGGUUGACAUUAUGUUCUAUCGGGUGUUCAAGGAGCUCGGAUUAAGGGAUGACCAGCUGACCCCGGUCAGGACACCUCUGGUAGGCUUCACAGGACCACCCAUCAGUUCGGAAGGGAUGAUCACCCUGAUGGUCACAGUAGGACAGACUCCCAAGUGUCGGACCGUUCCCGUUAAUUUCGUGGUGGUCAAGCAGUCGUCCCCGUACAAUGUGUUCCUGGGGAGGCCUGCUUUGAACGCCCUCCGGGCUAUUCCCUCCACCUACCACCUCAGCGUCAAGUUCCCUACCUCGGGAGGGAUAGCCGAGGUGCACGGCGAUCCAGAGCUGGGCACCCAGGAUGAGAUUGAGGAGUUCCCCCUAAGGGAGGAUUGGCCCAACCAGGUUCUCCGCAUCGGAGCCUUGUUGCCCACCAAGGAGAAGGAGGACCUGAAAGCUCUGCUAAGAGAGUACUCCCAGGUCUUCGCUUGGUCGGUGGAUGACAUGCCUGGGAUCCCAACGGACCUGGCAGUCCACCACCUUGAUGUCGACCCUCACUUCAAGCCGGUGAAGCAGAAGAAAAGGAGUUUCGCCCCUGAGAGGAACGAGAUGAUCAAGGCGGAGGUCGGCAAGUUGUUGGAGUCCAAGAUUAUCCUGGAGGUCUACUACCCGACCUGGUUGGCCAAUCCGGUCCUAGUCAAGAAGGAGGACCAGACCUGGAGGAUGUGCGUAGACUUCACGUACCUUAACAAAGCCUGCCCGAAGGACUGCUUUCCCCUGCCCAGAAUCGACAGGUUAGUAGACUCUACUGUGGGUUUUGAUGUUUUAUGCUUCCUGGAUGCUUUUAAGGGAUACCACCAGAUAGAAAUGGCUGAGGAGGACCGGGAUAAGACCUCCUUCAUCACCGAGGAAGGGACCUACUGCUAUAGGACCAUGCCAUUCGGACUCAAGAACGCGGGGGCCACUUACCAGCGCCUGGUCAACAAGCUAUUCCAAGGCCAGAUCGGCAGAAACAUGGAGGUCUAUGUGGACGACAUGAUCGUCAAAAGCCGGACGGACCAGCGGCUCAUACCCGAUCUUAAGGAGAUCUUGAACAUCCUCUUGGAGAGCCGGAUGCGCCUGAAUCCGAAGAAAUGCACCUUUGGGGUCAGGUCGGGAAGGUUUCUCGGUUUCCUGGUGUCCCGAGAGGGAAUCCGGACCAACCCGGACAAACUCCAGGCCAUCGUGGACAUGGCCCCUCCGAGGAGCGUGAAGGAAGUCCAACGGCUAACAGGAAGGAUGGCCGCCCUGAAUAGGUUCCUCUCGCGCUCUGCGGUCUGGGGGCUGCCCUUCUUCCGAGUACUGAAAGCGCCGAAGGACUUCCACUGGACUGAGGAGUGCCAGAAGGCUUUCACCGACCUAAAAACCUACUUGGCCGAGCUACCAACUCUGACCGUCCCAGAGCCGGGGGAGACCCUAUUCCUAUACCUGUCCGCUUGCAACGAGGCCGUCAGUGAGGUCUUGAUGCGGGAAGACGGGGGGGAUCAGAGGCCGGUGUAUUACGUAAGCCGAGCUCUACAGGGGCCAGAGAUACGAUACUCGCCAGCCGAGAAGCUGGUCCUUGCCUUGGUACAUGCGGCACGCAAGCUCCGCCCUUACUUCCAGACUCACGGCAUUGUAGUCCUGACCGACCAGCUCUUGCGUCAGAUACUCACCAAGCCCGAGGUCUCGGGCAGGAUGACCAAGUGGGCCGUCGAGCUGGCCGAGCAUGACCUUAGUUAUCGGCCUCGCACCGCAAUCAAGGCCCAGGCCUUGGCAGACUUCCUUGCAGAGGGGGCUAACUUAAACCUGGCCGAGUUAGUCCCGACCCCCACGGACACCCCGGCCGAGGAGCCAUGGGUGCUGUUCGUGGAUGGCGCUUCGAGCAAGGAAGGGAGCGGAGUUGGCCUGCUGCUCACCUCGCCUACCGGGGAAGAACUGACCUACGCGCUUAGGUUCGACUUCCCUGCGUCCAAUAACGAGGCGGAAUACGAGGCCCUGUUGACGGGGCUGUGGAUACCCCACCAGAUGGGCAUCACCGCGAUCAGAGUCUGGAGUGACUCUCAGCUCGUCGUCCUCCAGGUCCGCGAGGAGUACGAAACCAAGGAUGAGGUCAUGAAGAAAUACCUGGCCAAGGUAAGAGAGGCGGUGGCCUUGUUCGGAACCUUUGAAAUCGAGCGGGUGCCGAGGUCUCAGAACAAGCGGGCAGAUGCCCUCUCAAAGCUGGUGUCCUCCUCUUUUGCCCAUCUGAGCAAAGAGGUCUUGGUGGAGGUGGUAAAACAAAAGAGUAUCGAUCAGGUCCAGGUCCUGGCUAUAGACAGCUCGGCCACCUGGAUGACGCCCCUCGUAGACUACCUCAGCUCGGGUGCCCUCCCCGAAAACAAAGCAGAGGCCCGCCGAAUCCAGCUCCGAGCUGCCAAAUACGCCUACGCCGGGAGAACCCUCUAUAGGAGGUCGUACUUGUCCCCCUGGCUAAAGUGCGUGACUCUCGAGGAAGGUGAUUAUGUCCUGCGCGAGGUCCAUGAAGGAAUAUGUGCGGCGCAUGUGGGGUCUCGGGUGUUGGCUAAAAAGUGUUUCCUUCUGGGCUAUUACUGGCCCUCUGUCUUCCGAGACGCGGCAGAUCUGGUCCGGAAAUGCAGAGCUUGCCAGGUGCACGCCUCGCUGCGCCAUCAGCCAGUCCAAGAAAUGGUUUCCAUCCACAGUCCUUGGCCUUUCGCUCAAUGGGGGAUAGACCUCCUGGGUCCCUUCCCUCGAGCCCCGGGAAGAUAUGAACACCUUGUGAUGGCAAUAGACUAUUUCACUAAGUGGGUGGAAGCGGAGCCCCUGGUCUCUAUCUCGGGGAAGGCAAUUCAGAAAUUCUUCUGGAAGAGCAUAGUUUGCCGGUUUGGGAUUCCGCAUGUCCUGAUAUCCGACAACGGCCGCCAGUUCGCCGAGAACCCUUUCCGCAGCUGGUGCGCCGAGCUCGGAAUCAACCAACACUUCACGUCGGUUGGUCACCCGCAGGCCAAUGGUCAGGUGGAGAACGUUAACCGAAUCGUUCUGCAAGGGUUGAAGACUAGACUGGAGUCCGCCCAAUCGAGCUGGCUGGAUGAGCUCCCCAGUGUCCUCUGGGCUUACCGCACUACGCCCCGAACGGCAACCCAAGAGACCCCGUUCUCCCUAACUUAUGGAGUAGAGGCGGUGGUGCCCGCGGAGGUCGGUCUUCCCUCACCCAGAACACAGAACUUCGUGGCAACCUCCAACGAGGAAGAGCUCAGGUGCAACUUGGAUAUGCUCGAAGUCAGGCGUGAGGAAGCGGCUGUUCGAAUGGCUAAGUAUAAAAGGCAGCUCGCCCGCUAUCACAACGCCAAAGUGAGGACUAUAAAGUACCUGCCCGGAGACCUCGUUCUAAGAAAGAACUCGAUCAGCCGAGCUCAAAACUCCAACAAACUCGACCCAAAUUGGGAGGGCCCCUACAAGGUCCUUGAGGUGAGCCGAGCUGGUUACUGCAAGCUCGCCAGCAUGAAUGGAUCCGAGGAGCUGAAAGUACAUCUUAAGCAUGUUGAGAGGCGCAUGGUGAAGGCUAUUCAGGAGCCCGGGAGCAGGGGAGCCCUUUCGUCUUGGAUGGACCUCCGAGAGCAUUUUCAACUGGAGCAUGGUCACAUCCUUAUAAGAAGACAGAAAGGAUCUCUGGAGUGGCCGCUGCCCUAG